CUGCUGCUAUUGAUUUACAAUGUUGAGGUCUUUAGAAUAGGGUUUACAAAUGCUGUUAAUCUUUGGUUUAUGCUGAGACAGCUAGAAGAAACAUAGACAGCUUUGUUUUCUGGAAUCAGUUACGUUAAGUGUGUUUCGUUUUGGUGAGAGAUCAUAGCAGAACGUCGACGUGUAUUGCCUUGGACAGUGCAGCGAUUGUUAUAAAGCAGCCAAAGAGAUCUGAGGCAACACUUCUCUCCUCUGCCGUGUGUGCGGGAACUCCCAUUUUAAGAAGUCUUGUACAUGAGCUUCUUCUUCUUCUCUUACGUCAUCAAUGGAAGCUUCUGUACCAGAUGAGGUGCUUCAGCCGCUGCUACAGGCUUCGGGUUUAUCCUACUCUCUAGAAGAUUGCUUGAAGUUUCUUCAAGAGUCUUCCAAGACCGAUUCAGGCCGCUCUGAUCUCGCUUCCAAGGCUAUCCUUCCUUAUAUCCUUCGUCUUCUUCAGAUUCUUCCUUACCCAUCUUCCCGCCACUAUCUCAAUCUUUCUCUGAAAGUCCUCCGAAACCUCUGCGCCGGCGAGGUUUCGAAUCAAAACUCUUUCGUCGACCACGACGGUUCAGUUAUUGUCUCGGACUUGCUUGAUUCCGCUAUUGCAGAGAAAACCGCGGAUUUCGAGACUGUUCGGUUCGGGUUGCAGGCUCUAGCGAACGUCGUAUUGUUCUGCGAGAAACGUCAGAGAGAUGUGUGGAUGCGAUUUUUCCCGGAGAGGUUCUUCUCAAUCGCUAAGAUUAGGCGGUUUGAAACCUGUGAUCCUCUGUGUAUGAUUUUGUAUGCUUGCUUUGAUGGAAGCUCGGAGAUUGCUUCAGAGGUUUGCAGCAGUGAUGGCCUCAGCAUCGUCGCUGAGGCUAUACGGACUUCAUCUUCCGUUGGGUCUGUGGAGGAUUAUUGGCUCAAGUUAAUGGUAUCAAGAAUGUGUGUUGAAGACCAUUGUUUCCCUCAGCUCUUCUCCAAGUUAUACAAAGUUGAUUUGGUUCUUGGUCACAAGGAUGACGAAGAUGAGACGUUUUUUACAUCAGAGCAAGCCUUUCUUCUAAGGAUGGUGUCUGAUAUUGCAAAUGAGCGGAUAGGAAAAGUGUCAAUCCCCAAGGAUACAACUUCUUCCAUUCUGGGAUUAUUCAAGCAAUCUGUUGCAGUUUUUGAUUUUGCGUCUAGCCAAAGAUCCGAGCUUCCUACGGGUUCAACUAUAGUAGACGUAAUGGGUUACUCUCUCGUAAUAAUAAGGGAUGCUUGCGCUGGAGGAAGCCUUGAAGAGCUCAAGAAUGACAACAAGGAUUCAGUUGAUACUGUUGAAUUGCUCUUGUCCUCUGGACUAAUACAUCUCCUCCUUGAUCUUCUUCGCAAACUUGAUCCUCCAACAACAAUUAAGAAGGCUCUAAACCAGAGUCCUAGUUCUUCUUCUUCUUCAUUAAAACCCUGUCCAUACAGAGGAUUCAGGAGAGAUAUUGUGUCUGUGAUUGGGAACUGUGCGUACAGAAGGAAAGAGGUACAAGAUGAGAUCAGGGAGAGAGAUGGGCUCUUCCUAAUGUUGCAACAGUGUGUGACUGAUGAUGAGAACCCUUUUUUGAGAGAAUGGGGCUUGUGGUGUGUGAGAAAUCUGCUGGAAGGGAACCCGGAGAACCAAGAAGUGGUUGCUGAUUUGGAGAUUCAAGGAUCAGUUGAUGUGCCUCAACUCCGCGAAAUUGGUCUCAGAGUUGAAAUUGAUCCUAAAACAUCCAGGCCAAAGCUCGUCAAUGACACCUGAAGUUUCAAAGCCAUAGCUGAUGUAAUCUCUACAUGUGUGUUGCAUGAUAAUCUUAUUCUAGUUAGAAUUAGGAUUAUACGUGGUUUCUUCGUUCACCAAAGUAUCAUGUAUUAUUUGCUGAUGUAGUUUUUUUUCUUGUUCAAUUAUACAGUGAUUACAUAAAGGUUAAAUCUCAGAGAUCUAAACUAAAUAAUAAGUUGAUCAGCUAAAACUAACCGUAAUCACAAUCGUUUCGUCCUCUUUA